CCGGAAGCGCCCGGGGUGCCCCAGGGGCCAGCCGCUGAGGCGGAGGCUCCCCCGGGCGACCCCGUUCCGUUAGCAGCGCCCGCACCGACCACGGAAUUGGGAGACACGGCAUUGGAGGAGCAGCAGGGCGAAGACGAGUAUCUGCAUUACAUGAGCGGCUCAUCAUCUAUUGGACUGAGCGUGAGUCCCCGGGUGAUAACAUUGCUUUGCUUCUGCCGUGCUGAAGUAACCCCUCCUGCAUGCAGAUCGAUUCGGACGACAGUGACGCGAACUCAUCACUGGGAGACAUGGAUAGACCCGCAUCCAACGUCUCUGCAACGUCGAGUGUGUACCGUUUUAUCGAGGAGUUUGGGCGCACUUAUCAUAGUUAUAAGGAAGGGAAAUACUAUCUGCCAAACGAUGAACAAGAGCAAGGAAGGUUAGACUUGCAACACUCACUUGCCCUUAGGCUCCUCGGCGGAAAGCUACACCUUGCACCAGUCGAAAGGCUUGACAGGGUCCUCGACAUAGGCACUGGCACGGGCAUCUGGCCAAUCCAGUUUGCGGAUCAACACCCAGAGGCCGACGUCCUGGGCACCGACCUCAGCCCGAUCCAGCCGGAAUACGUGCCUCCAAACUGCCGGUUUGAGAUUGACGAUAUCGAAGACGAAUGGGUCUACAAUCACAAGUUUGACUACAUCCAUGGCAGAUAUAUCUGCCCGUUCCUGGCAGACGUCCCGAAACUGCUGAGGAGCAUAUACGACAACCUCAACCCGGGCGGUUACGUGGAGAUCAUGGAGACGCUGAUGCUCAUGAAAGCCGUCGAUAAUUCCCUCGACGGUCACCCUAUCCAGCGAUGGAACUCGCUGAUGGUCGAAGGGAUAAAAAAGAUGGGCAAGGACCCCCUCUCGGCGGUCAACUGCAAGAAGUGGAUGGAGGAGGCCGGGUUCGUGAAUGUCACGGAGAAGAAGUUCGCCGUGCCGGGAAACCCGUGGGCCAAGGGCACGGAGCAGAAGGUGCGCGGGGCGCUGAUGAUGACCAACCUGCUUGAGGUGGCGCAAGGCAUCACGAUGAACGUCUUCACAAAGGUCCACGGCUGGUCCACAGAGGAGGUCGAGGUGUUCCUCGUCGACGUCCGGGCUGGGCUUAAGGAUAGGAAGAUCCAUGGAUAUGUUCCUGCACUUGCCGUAUGGGGCCAGAAACCGCCGGCGUCGUGAGAAACCAUGGCCAAGGUGUCCACUAGGGAGACUCUUGUUGGAUUCACAGGGACAAGGAGAAG